AUUCGUGAGUAAAGAGGGAAGUAAGAAAAGAAAGAAACCUACAUCGUGCAACUUCAGACUCCCGCACCCUGGAAGCAGCACCGGAUCUGCAAACAAUGGUGCGCCCCAGCCUCCUGGUUUGCUUGCUCUCCACAGCGCUGUUCUCUCUGCUGGGUGGAAGCUCUGCGUUCCUGUCCCACCAUCGCCUGAAAGGCAGGUUUCAGAGGGACCGCAGGAACAUCCGCCCCAACAUCAUCCUGGUGCUGACGGAUGACCAGGAUGUGGAGCUUGGUUCCAUGCAGGUGAUGAACAAGACACGGCGCAUCAUGGAGCAGGGCGGGGCCCACUUCAUCAACGCCUUCGUGACCACGCCCAUGUGCUGCCCCUCUCGCUCGUCCAUCCUCACAGGGAAGUACGUCCACAACCACAACACCUACACCAACAACGAGAACUGCUCCUCGCCCUCCUGGCAAGCGCAGCACGAGAGCCGCACCUUUGCCGUGUACCUCAACAGCACAGGCUACCGGACAGCUUUCUUCGGGAAGUACCUUAACGAGUAUAAUGGCUCCUAUGUGCCACCCGGAUGGAAGGAGUGGGUCGGACUGCUUAAAAACUCGCGCUUCUAUAACUACACUCUCUGUCGGAACGGGGUGAAGGAGAAACACGGCUUCGACUACUCCAAGGAUUACCUCACUGACCUCAUCACCAACGACAGCGUGAGCUUCUUCCGAACGUCCAAGAAGAUGUACCCGCACAGGCCAGUCCUGAUGGUCAUCAGCCAUGCAGCACCUCAUGGCCCUGAGGACUCAGCACCCCAGUACUCACGCCUCUUCCCCAAUGCAUCCCAGCACAUCACGCCAAGCUACAACUACGCACCCAACCCGGACAAGCACUGGAUCAUGCGCUACACAGGCCCUAUGAAGCCCAUCCACAUGGAGUUCACCAACAUGCUACAACGGAAGCGCCUGCAGACUCUCAUGUCCGUAGACGACUCCAUGGAAACGAUCUACAACAUGCUGGUGGAGACAGGUGAGCUGGACAACACCUACUUGGUCUACACGGCCGACCACGGCUACCACAUCGGCCAGUUUGGCCUGGUGAAGGGCAAGUCCAUGCCCUACGAGUUUGACAUCAGGGUCCCGUUCUACGUGAGGGGCCCCAACGUGGAGGCUGGUUCACUGAACCCCCAUAUUGUCCUCAACAUCGACCUGGCACCCACCAUCCUGGACAUCGCAGGCCUGGACAUCCCCACAGACAUGGACGGGAAGUCUAUCCUCAAGUUGCUGGACACAGAACGGCCGGCAAACCGGUUCCACCUGAAAAAGAAGAUGAGGGUGUGGCGGGACUCCUUCCUGGUGGAGAGAGGCAAGCUGCUCCACAAAAGGGACAGUGGUGACAAAGUGGACGCUCAGGAGGAGAACUUCCUACCCAAACACCAGCGCGUGAAGGGCCUUUGCCAGCGUGCCGAGUACCAGACGGCCUGCGAGCAGCUGGGACAGAAGUGGCAGUGUGUAGAGGACGCCACGGGGAAGCUGAAGUUGCACAAGUGCAAGAGCCCGGUGCGGCCGAGUGGCAGCAGAGCCCUCUCCAACCUGGUGCCCAAGGACUACGGGCGGGAUGGCGAGACCUGUGCCUGUGACCGUGUGGACUACAAGCUCAGCCUGGCCGGGCGCCGGAGAAAGUUCUUCAAGAAAAAAUACAAGGCCAGCUAUGCCCGUAACCGCUCCAUCCGUUCAGUAGCCAUUGAACUGGAUGGCGAGGUGUAUCACGUGGGCCUGGAGGACACAUCCCAGCCCCGAAACCUUACCAAGCGGCACUGGCCUGGGGCCCCUGAAGACCAAGAGGACAAAGAUGGUGGCGACUUCAGCGGUACUGGAGACCUUCCAGACUACUCGGCCCCCAACCCCAUUAAAGUCACACACCGGUGCUACAUCCUAGAGAAUGACACCGUUCAAUGUGACCUGGCCCUCUAUAAGUCCCUACAGGCCUGGAAAGACCACAAGCUGCACAUCGACCAUGAGAUUGAAACUCUGCAGAACAAAAUUAAGAACUUGAGGGAGGUCCGAGGUCACCUGAAGAAAAAGCGGCCAGAAGAAUGUGACUGCCCCAAAAUCAGUUACCACACCCAGCAGCACAAAGGCCGCCUCAAGCACAAAGGCUCUAAUCUGCAUCCUUUCAGGAAGGGUCUGCAGGAGAAGGAUAAGGCGUGGCUGCUGCGGGAGCAGAAACGCAAGAAGAAACUCCGCAAGCUGCUCAGGCGGCUGCAGAACAACGAUACGUGCAGCAUGCCGGGCCUCACGUGCUUCACCCACGACAACCAGCACUGGCAGACGGCGCCCCUCUGGACCCUGGGGCCCUUCUGCGCUUGCACCAGCGCCAACAACAACACGUACUGGUGCAUGCGGACGAUCAACGAGACCCACAAUUUCCUCUUUUGUGAAUUUGCCACCGGCUUUCUAGAGUACUUUGAUCUCAACACAGAUCCCUACCAGCUGAUGAACGCGGUGAACACGCUUGACAGAGAAGUGCUCAACCAGCUGCAUGUUCAGCUCAUGGAGCUGAGGAGUUGUGAAGGUUACAAGCAGUGUAACCCCCGGACCCGAAACAUGGACCUGGGACUGAAAGAUGGAGGAAGCUAUGAACAAUACAGGCAGUUCCAGCGUCGCAAGUGGCCAGAGAUGAAGAGACCUGCCUCCAAGUCACUGGGACAGCUGUGGGAAGGCUGGGAAGGCUAA